CCCAUAAUACCAAAUGACUUCCGGUAUAAUGAAGACUUCCGACGCGCCAAAACAAAUGAUGCUGACUUGGUAGGAAGAAGAGAAACCAGUCAAACGUGCUAAGACGGGAGACAUUGAGUUACUUUUAUUGAUACGGUCACUGAUAACUUUCCAAGAUGUCGACGAUUGAGAAGAUGACAAUCCAGGGAAUUAGAAGUUUUGGUCCGGAUGACUCCGAAAAACAGAUGAUAGAAUUUUAUAGUCCUUUGACUCUGAUACUUGGACCAAAUGGAACAGGGAAAACCACUGUUAUAGAGUGUCUGAAGUAUAUGACUACCGGGGUGAUGCCUCCAGGAUCCAAGGGUGGGGCUUUCGUUCAUGAUCCAAAGGUGGCUCAUGAAAGAGAGGUCAAAGGUCAGAUCAGGCUACAGGUCAAGGAUGUUGCCAGACAAACAGUUAUUGUACAGAGAAGUAUGCAGGUUACACAGAAGCUGAAGAAUAUCACGAUGCGGACCCUGGAGGGAGUGAUCACACGGAGAGAUGCAGCAGGAGAGAAGAAAAGCAUCAGCUCCAAGUGUGCCGAGAUGGAUCGGGAGAUGAUAACGUCACUAGGUGUGUCGAAGCCAGUGCUGGAGAACGUGAUCUUCUGUCACCAGGAGGACGCCAACUGGCCGCUCAGUGAGGGAAAGUCACUGAAGGAAAAGUUUGAUGCCAUCUUUGCCUCAACCAGAUACGUGAAGGCUCUUGACACAAUAAUGAAGCUGAAAAAGACUCAGGACCAAGACUUGAAAUUGCUGCGACAAGAUAUCAUCUACUUCAAACAGCACAAAGACAAGGCAGCACAGCUGGAUGCUGACAUGAAUGAACUGGAGGUCAAGCUAGAAGCAUCCAAGGAGUCUGUGGUCAAGGUGGCGGAGAAGUUGGUACCGAUAGAGGACAAAUUAGAACAGAUCAGUGUGAAAGCAGGUGAAAUCUACAAAAUACAAACGGAUGUCACGAAGCACCAGAGUGAGCUAAAACAGAUGGAGAAGGCAGCCAAUGAAUUACAGGAGAACAUUGAGAAUGAAUUCCAAGGCUCCACAGAAGAACUCAAAAAGGUUCUAGCAGAUUUUCAGAGCAAGGUCCAGGAGAGGGAGGAAAAGCUACAGGAGUAUCAACACCGGAAGGAGGACCUGUCGAGAGAUAUAGACCGGGUGGUCAGAAAUAAGAAUGAUACCCUCGUGGAUGUUAGCAAGAUGGAGCAGGAAGCUCAGAAUCAUGAAGAAAAUACCAAGAGACGGGAUGCAUUAAUUCGACAGAUGGCUGAGAAGUAUGACUUUGAUGGGUUUUCAAGAGGAGAAAUGACUGAUGAGAAGUAUCGCCAGUUUGUAGAAAAAAUUCGAGAGAAACUUUUGACAAUGGUGGAGGAAGGGAAGCAACUCAAGGGAGACUUUGAAAAACAAGAAGGAGAACUCCAACAAAAGAUGGACGAUUUAAGAGAGAGCAAAACCAAACUGGAACAAAAUGAACGAAUCAAAAAAGAUAUGAUGGCAGACAACACGGACAAGAUGAAGCAAAUCAACAGAAAGCUGAGUCAGGUGGAGGCCUCGGCUGGUAAACUCGACCAGCUGACUCGGGAACUCAAGCGUGCUGACCACGACCUAAAGAUGGUUGAGGAAGGGCUAGAUGUGGAGAAAACCAAGCAGGAGAUUACACAGCUCACCAAGGACAAAACUAAACUGGACGCUCAGAUUGGGCAACUAAGUUCGGAGAUGAAUCGCCUGCAUCUCCAGUCGAGCGCCCAAGCACAAUUAGACGUGUUGAAAAAGGACAAAAUAUCCAAGGAGGAGACAAUUAGGCGUUUGCGAGCCAAACAUGAAGACACCAUUUCCUACUUGAUGGGGCACAUGCCGACCAGUAACAUCCGUGGACAGCUGGAAAGUUACAUAGCUAACCAAAAUGAAUCUGUGAAGAAGCUUUCACACGAUUUACGGAAAUCACAGACACUGCUGUCAUCAAAAGAGGCGGAGAAAAAGAUGAUGAGUGAACAACUGCGAAAGAAAGAGGACGAGUUAAAAAACAUGGAGGAGAAGAUAUUUAGUGUGUGUGGUAGUCAGAACUUUGAGGACGGGAUUGCGGUGCUGCAGAGUAAAAAGGCUCAGUGCCAAGACUCCAAGGGGUCCCUGUUGGGUGCUGAACAUUUCUAUAAGAAGUAUGUAGAGAAACUGGAACAGGAAGACCCGUGCUGCCCUCUAUGUCGCCGUGAGUUUGACACAGAGCAGGAAACCAAGGAACUCAUAUUGGAGCUGAAGGAAAAGCUGCGCCAAGUUCCCACCAAGCUGAGGAAGGCAGAGAAGGACCUAUUGGAAUACGAGAAGAAAUAUGACACCAUGAUGCAACUGAAACCCCUCAGGGAAAACAUGAGUAUGCUUGAGGAAAGUGAGAUCCCAGAAAUGAAGAGCAAAGUAAGGAAGACAAAUGAGGAGAUAGAAAAGCUGAGGACAACCAUAGCUGAUGUGAAUGACGACCAUGAGACCAAGGAACAAGAUGGGGACAUGGCCAAACAGAUCCAGUCUGACGUUGUCCUCAUGGACCGUUACCAUGGUGAUGUCACAGAGCUGGAUAAAAAGAUUGCUGCACAGGCCGCAACUCUGUCAGGGGGAGAUUCUGGAAGAACCCUUCAAAAUGUCAUCAAUGAAAAGGAAGAUGUUCAGAUGAAAGUAGAUACAAUUACAAGAAAAUUGGACCACAAAAGGCAAAAACUGCAUGAUCACUCUGAGGAGGUACAGCGUUUGAAAAGCAGCAUCAACUCCUUGAGGGAAGAAAAGCUUCAGAUUGAUAAUGAUCUGCAGCAGAGGUUCAAACUGGAGGCUGACAAAGCCACAAUUUUCAGCGAGAAUGAGAUCUAUGAGAAAGAAAUAAAGGAGGCAGCCACACAGAUACGCCCACUUCAGCACCAGAUAGACAGGACAGUGGAAGAGAAACAGAAUGUUGUAGAAGCUAAGGAAGAUCAGAUGGAACAGACAAAAACCUUGAUUGACAAGGUCAAAAAUGAUGCUACAAAAGUGAAGAAUGUGAACCAGGAUAUGAAGGCAUAUAUUCAAUCUGGUAAGGAUGAGUUGCUUGAACAAAAGAGGGAAGAACUCAAACAGAUUGAGAAACGACUAGAGAAGAAAGAGGGUGAUCAGGAGAAAGUGAAAUCUGGUAUUGAGAAGCUAAACAAGGACCUCGCCACUCAACAGGUACGUGAGCGGGAGUUACUUGACAAUUUGGCACUGAGGAAGAAACAGCGGGAGAUAGAAAAGGUUGGAAAAGACCUGGAAGAGCUGCAUGAAAAAUUGGGAGGCGUUGAUGCUCACAACAUGGAAAGGGACCGCAAACGUCUCAUAAACCAACAGGAAGACCUUAUCAAGGAGAAACACGUGGUUGUGGGACGACAGCAAGGAUUUGAGGACCAGAUACGUGCCCUUAAGAGAGAGCUACAGGAUGAUAUGUACAAGGACGCCUCACAAAAAUAUCGUGACAAGAUGAUUCUGCUCAGGACAACAGAACUAGCUAAUGGUGACCUGGAGAAGUAUUACAAGGCACUCGACAAGGCUAUUAUGAGCUACCACAGUUUGAAGAUGGACGAGAUAAACAAAAUAAUUCGUGAGCUAUGGAGGAACACGUACCGUGGGAAUGAUAUCGACACGAUUGAGAUCAGGUCGGAUGAAGAUGAUGCAGGGAUCAUGAAGACGAGGCGAACGUACAACUACAGAGUUGUCAUGGUCAAGGGUGAGGCUGUACUGGACAUGAGAGGGCGCUGUAGUGCCGGUCAAAAGGUGCUUGCAUCACUGAUCAUCCGUCUCGCCCUGGCAGAAACAUUCUGCCUGAACUGUGGUGUGCUGGCCCUGGAUGAGCCGACCACUAACCUGGACAGAGAAAACAUUGAGAGUUUGGCCUACGCACUUGUUGAGAUCAUAAAGAGCAGGAAGGAGCAGAGAAACUUUCAGCUGGUUGUUAUCACUCAUGACGAAGACUUUGUGGAGCUACUAGGGCGGUCUGACUAUGUGGACUGGUUCUUCAAAGUCCGCAAGGAUCAAAAUGGAUGUUCACAGCUGGUCAAGGCUAAAGUACAAGAAUUACAUGCCCGCUGAUGACACAUUAACCAAUGGUUCUGAUGAUACAUCAACCAAUGGUUACAUCCAUACUCACUGAUGACACAUCAACCAAUGGUUACAUCCAUACUCGCUGAUGACACAUCAACCAAUGGUUACAUCCAUACUCGCUGAUGACAUUCACCUGUGUUCACCAAACAUUAAGAAUUAUUUUGUCUGACAAGUGUUCAUUAAGGUCUAUUGAUUGAGAGAACUGAAAUGCUGCAAGAUCGAAUGUGAUUGAAAAAUCCACCUACCAUGUCAGACAGAAUGAUUCACAUCUAUGUACGAUCGUCAACUGACAGGAGACACAAGUAUCUGUAGAUGUACUAAAUCAGAAGAAUACCAUCUUUUGUAGGACUGUGCUUGGCAAAGAAGAGUGAAAUAAAACAAAAACUCAUAUACUGUUGGCAAACAUGAUUGUGAAAGUCCUUAGAAAUUAAUGUACCAUUACUAAAUGAUACCCUACUUGACUGUUAUUUUACAGUAUAGGGGAUUCUGUAGUAUUGCUUUGUGAUACAUUUUCAAUUGUAGCACUAUGUCAGGACAAUCAACUCCUUAUUUUAAAACAAAACCUGGUGCAUAAAAAGUAACUAUUUUCCUAAUAAACUACGAUGAAAAGAGUUUACUAAAUAUCUCCCGCUCAACAAGUUGGUGGGGGAUAUAGAAAUGGGGUCCAUGCGUGCGUGUGCCUGUCCGUCCAUGCACCUGGUUAAGAAGAAUUGCUCUCAUCUACAUCUUACCUACUACAAAUGCUAUGUUGAUUAAAGUUUCAUCAAUUGUGUAUCUAGGGUUGCUGUAUGCAUAUUGCAAAUGCUGAUUAUGACCUAUAUUUUAUGCUUCAUGUUUUUAAUGACUUUUGCACUGCGAGUGGGGGAUAUUGAUGACUGUGUCUUGUUAUAUUGAGUCUAAAGCUGGUUUAAGUGAAGUGGUAUUAAGUCUUUUGAAAUAAACAACUUUGAAUGCUUUCUAGGUCACAGGGAUCAAAUUUGUUCAUCUUAUUAACCAACAGGCCUGUUACUUCAAGGGGGGGAAGACUUUUAAUAUUCAAAUAAAUGAUAUGAUAACCAUGUCUCUUGAUUGGUGGUAAUAUGGUGAAAAAACAGGCCCAUUUCGUAAAGAUUUAAACUCCAGUUAAUUUUCGAAAGAUAAAAGAAACCAUGAACUUUCUAAAUAAACUAACGGAAGAAAGACAUGAUAAUCAAUGGACAUGAUUUUCGAUCUUUUUUCAACAACAACUUUAAUGAUAAUGAAGUUAUUGGAAUGAACAACAUUGUUGUUCUACACACAAUUAUUUAGGCCGUGAAGGGUUUUGUUUGUGGUGAUCUGCUUCCUUAUAAUUAUAUGCAUAAAACUGAGCUAUAUGUUUACAGCUCAGUUUCAAAUGUUUUGAUUAUUAUUUUACCAAUUUUGAUUGUUCAUAGUUCAACCAAUUGAUUAAUAGGUAUAUUUAACCAUCACCUCUGCCUCUAAAAGAAUGGCCAGGGAGUUGAUGAAUGGAAAGUUGUGCAGAUUGAUUCAAAUAUUGGGAUAAGCAAAAUUCAAGGGGGGGGGGGGGGGGGGGGG